UUCGCUCAGGAUUAGCUCUCCGCACCCCUCGGCGGCUACCAGGUCUCCGCGCCCCCGGGUCCCGGCCCCCGGCCGGCCGGGCCCCGCCUCCUCGGGCCCGGAAGAUGGGCGGGGAAGGGGACGAGCCGGUAAAAGGGAGGCUGGCUCCGGGCCGGCAGCCACUGCCCGCGCGGUCGUGUGCCCUCGGCUCCGCACCGCGGAGGACGCUGCGCGGGGCCUCAUCGCGCGGGGCGGCCCGGACCUGAGAGCCCACGCGUCGCACCGAGUGCCCCAAGCACGUCGCAGUCACAGAUAAAAGAGUUGCGCUUCGGUCGGGUCCUCGUCAAGCCACGUCGAACCCAGAUUUCCGGGAGCAGAACCCAGGAGAAUGAGCUGCCACCACUAACCCUCUUUCUCCUCCCCCACAAACGGGCGACUGAGACCUGGACACCAGAGAGGACUUGAUUAUCUUGGUCUUUAAAAUCACACACCUGGUUUGGAAAAGACUUUUGACCCACAAAUCACCAAGAGUUGUCCAAAACAGAAUGACAGGACAUAAGUGCACUAGAGAGUGGCCUGAAAGUAGGAAGUGAGAAGAGAGUUACAGAUUGGUUGCAUUGAGGAAUGAAGACCUGUGUGUAUCCACCAAUCUGAUUGACUUGCUCAGGGAGGCUAAAGCAUCUGUCUUCAGAAAUGUCUUCGGAAAAUACAGAGCAACAUGACCUUUCACUUGAAGGAAAAGACCAAUACAGUCCUCCAUCUGUGAUCCAUGUGGAGCUUGAAAAGGAAUCAAGUACUGACUUCCAGCAACUUGAAGCCACAAAUCAAUGCAGACAUUAUCCUAGGAUCCACAUGGAGCCUCAAGAGAAAUCAAAUACUAACUUAAAGCAAUUCAUCAUCAAAAAACUACAGAAGAGUUGCCAGUGCAGCCCAAGCAAAGCAAAACAUACGAUUUUUGGUUUCCUUCCCUUUUUGCAGUGGCUCCCAAAAUAUGACCUGAAGAAAAACAUUUUAGGAGAUGUGAUGUCCGGCUUAAUUGUGGGCAUCUUGUUGGUGCCCCAAUCGAUUGCUUACUCCCUUUUAGCUGGCCAAGAACCCAUCUAUGGUCUGUACACAUCUUUUUUUGCAAGCAUCAUUUAUUUUCUAUUCGGGACUUCCCGUCACAUCUCUGUGGGCAUUUUUGGAAUACUGUGCCUUAUGAUUGGUGAGGUAGUUGACCGAGAACUACACAGAGCUGGCUUUGACACUGCCCAUAUUGCCCUGUCAUUAGGAACGGUUUCGAAUGGGAGCAUAUCAUUAAACCAGACAUCAGACAGGAUAUGUGACAGAAGUUGUUACGCAAUUACAGUGGGCAGCACCGUAACCUUUAUGGCUGGAGUUUAUCAGGUAGCGAUGGGCUUCUUUCAAGUGGGCUUUGUUUCCGUCUACCUCUCAGAUGCCUUGCUGAGUGGAUUUGUCACUGGUGCCUCCUUCACUGUUCUUACAUCUCAGGCCAAGUAUCUCCUUGGGCUCAGCCUUCCUCGGAGUGGUGGCGUGGGCUCACUCAUCACUACUUGGAUACAUAUCUUCAGAAACAUCCAUAAGACCAAUCUCUGUGAUCUCAUCACCAGCCUUUUGUGCCUUUUGGUUCUUUUGCCAACCAAAGAACUCAAUGAGCGCUUCAAGUCCAAGCUUAAGGCACCGAUUCCUACUGAACUCCUUGUUGUUGUGGCAGCGACAUUAGCCUCUCAUUUUGGAAAACUAAAUGAGAAAUACAAUACCAGCGUUGCUGGACAUAUUCCCACUGGGUUUAUGCCACCCAAAGCACCGGACUGGAACUUAAUUCCUAAUGUGGCUACAGAUGCAAUAGCUAUGUCUAUCAUUGGUUUUGCUAUCACUGUAUCACUUUCUGAGAUGUUUGCCAAGAAACAUGGCUAUACAGUCAGAGCUAACCAGGAAAUGUAUGCCAUUGGCUUUUGCAAUAUCAUCCCUUCCUUCUUCCACUGUUUUACUACUAGUGCAGCUCUUGCAAAGACGUUGGUUAAAGAAUCAACAGGCUGCCAAACUCAGCUUUCUAGUGUAGUGACAGCUCUGGUUCUUUUGUUGGUUCUCCUGGUAAUAGCUCCUUUAUUCUAUUCCCUUCAGAAAAGUGUCCUUGGUGUGAUCACUAUUGUAAAUCUCCGGGGAGCUUUAUGUAAAUUUAAGGAUCUGCCCAAGAUGUGGAGGGUUAGCAGAAUGGAUACAGUUAUCUGGUUUGUUACUAUGCUGUCCACUGCACUGAUAAGUACUGAAAUAGGCCUGCUUAUAGGUGUUUGUUUUUCUAUGUUUUGUGUCAUCCUCCGUACUCAGAAGCCGGAGAGUUCAUUGCUUGGCUUAGUGGAAGAAUCGGAAAUUUUUGAAUCCACAUCUGCUUACAAAAACCUUCAGGUUAACCCGGGCAUCAAGAUUUUCCGCUUUGUAGCCCCUCUCUACUACAUAAACAAAGAAUGUUUUAAAUCUGCUUUAUACAAAAAAACUCUCAACCCAAUCUUAGUAAAGGCAGCUCAGAAGAAGGCAGCAAAGAGAAAGAUAAAAAAGGAAACAGUGACUGUCAGUGGAAUUCAGGAUGAAGUUUCAGUGAAACUUUCCUGUGAUCCCUUGGAACUCCAUACCAUAGUGAUUGACUGCAGUGCAAUCCAAUUUUUAGAUACAGCAGGGAUCCAUACGCUGAAAGAAGUUCGCAGAGAUUAUGAAGCCAUUGGCAUACAAGUUCUGCUGGCUCAAUGCAAUCCCUCUGUGAAGGAUUCCUUGGUCCGGGGAGAGUAUUGCAAAAAGGAAGAUGAAAGCUUCUUUUAUAGUGUACAUGAAGCGAUAGCUUUUGCAGAAGAAUGUCAAAAUCAGAAAGGAAUAUGUUUUCCCAAUGGUCUGAGUCUUUCCAGUGAUCAGCUGGAUAAAUAGAUGAAAAGAAGAAAAAUGUCUAGCCAAUAGCAACUUGCAUACUUGAAAUUUUAUACUAUUGGCUAGACAUUAUUCUUCCUUCGAAGCUGAUGGCCUUCGUAGAUACAAAGCAGAGCUUCGUAGAUAGUGCAGCAGAGCUAAUACUUGGGCAGAAUCAGAAAGAAGAAAACAUUGUGGUUUUAAGCUUUCUUGCAAAUAGGGAGUGCUCUUGGAAUUACAUGUCUAUUGAAUUGAACUGUGAAGUAGCCCUUAAACUUAAUGAUCAUCUUUUUUUUAAAAAAAAAAUAGUUUUAUUGAUUUUUUUAGAGAGAGAGGAAGGGAAAGGGAGAGAGAAAUAGAAACAUUGAACGUGAAAAACAGAUCGGAUGCCUUCGGCACGCCCCCUACUGGGGGUCAAGUCAGCAACCUGGGCAUGUGCCCUGACCAGGAAUUGAACCAGUGACUUCUUGGUGCAUGGAACAACACUCAACUAACUGAGCCACACUGCCCAGGCAUGACCAUCCUCUUUGAGGAGAUAGGCAUGUGGACUCUUCCUUCUCCAGGAGGUAAAGGAGUGGAGUUGGCAUUUACAUGAGAUAUGCUCUAGCCUAUAUGAUAUGGCUCUUUGGAGAGAGAGUGGAAAGGAGGCAGGGAAAGAAUUGUUGUGUCUGGUAUUGUACCAACAGAUCAAGAGGCCUCUGGAGCACAAGGUAAUAGCUAUUCAAGUUUUUUUCUUAUUUAUACUUCUCCAUACCCAGUUUCUGCUCCCCAGAUGGCAGUGAGAUCUCUGACUUUUAGUAGGAAAGUACUAUUCCUUUCCUAAAGGCAGGAAACCAUAGGCACAGACCCAUCAGGCGACUGAUGGUUGAGCAUGUUUGUGAAAUCCUACCAGCUAACUUCACAUUAUACAGAACAUUCUUUGUAAAUCAGUUGUUUUCGUCAUACCUUUUUGUUUAGGGUAAGUAGGUAAGCAAAGAGCUCUUCAUAAUCAGCAAAAAUAAUGAGAAUCCCCCCCCUGACUUUUCUGUGAUCUCUGUCUCUGUUUCUGAUUAUUUCUCAACUUAAAAAUUGAGUCCAGGAGUUAUAAUGAUAAAUUCAGGGUCUUUCUAGUCAUCAGUUGGAUAAGUAGAUGAAAAGAAGAAAAAUGUCUAGCCAAUAGCAACUUGCAUACUUGAAAUUUUUGUGAUCCUUAUUAAUGUUUUAAAUGAAUUUUUUUCCUUUAUGUAGUGCUAUAGAUGAGCUAUAGGUUCUUUUUGCACCAAUGCAGAUAAUUCCUUAGCUUUCAGUAAUUUAGUGUAUUUUCCAUGGCAUCUGUCCUAAACUGCUAUGUCUCAUUACCAGUGACAAGCUUGCCAGAUAAAAGGCAGAAUGCUGACUCUGCAAUUCUAUACAGUAUUUUAAAUGAGCUCGAGGCAAACUGUUAAGGACAGAUUACAAAUAGGAAUGAUUGACAGUUUCCCUUAAGAAUUUGUUACUUAGCAGUGAUUUCUUUGCUUCCCAUGGCAUUUUAGCAAGGGUCAGUUGGGGAUUGAUAGUCUUUCUGAAAUAGAAGUGCAUGCAGUAAGCAUUAGCUUUGUUUUCACUAAAACAUGUACAAAUUAAUUAUUGAUGUUCCUUUGGAAGCGUCUGUGCCUUCUUUUCUGUUGGUUAAUCAUUUGUUUUAAUCUUUCUUGCCUUCCUCCCCAAAGCUAGGUUUGAAUCCAGACCAUUAUAGCUGUCUAAUGCUGCCUGACAGAGUAGAGUACAUGUUUAAGACGACUCUAUAAUUUAGCAAACACUAGCACAGUAAAAAAAAAGUCCAAAAAAUUUGAAAAACUCCUUAGCAAAAUGGAGUAACAGAAUUUGACCUUUACCUAACCUUUCUCUUCAUAUGUGGAUAUGAACAAUUCUGGAGCUUUGUGCAUUUAGCAAAGUCUUGAAUUGUGCUCUGAUUAGUACAGUGGGGCCUUGACUUACGAGUGUCCCGACUAACGAGUUUUUUUGAGAUAUGAGCCGUCUCUCGGCCAAUUUUUUGCUUUGAGUUGCAAGCUCAAAAAAAUUCAGGUUACAAGCCAACUUCA